AUGUCGGUGGACUCGACGAACCAGACGCCAGGGUCGCCCAACUCGGUCUUCUUGACCGAGACCAAGCUCCGAGGCCAUGACUUUCCAACCAAAGAGCUCUCGGAGCUCGAGCCGCUCGUCUCGGGUGUCUCGCUGAUGUCGCAGUCGACGCUGCUACUCAAGAAGCGCAAGGAGCUCCGCGAAGUCAACGACGCCCUCGAGUUCAUGAAGGAAGAGUACGCCCAGCGCGUCGAGUCGUGCGCCGAGCGCCAACGCGAAUUCGAGCGCAAGCAGCAAGACAUGCGGGAUCAAGUGAGCAAGUUUGAGAAAUUUAUCAAAGAAAACGACUCCAAGCGGACACGUGCUGAGCUCAAGGCCAAGACGGAGCACCGGUCCAGCGAGCAAAACGAAUACGAGAAAGACGUCUCGCAGCGGGAGGCGCUCGAGAAGAAGCGCGACCAGCUGCUCAAGUACCGCACGUAUUUGGACAGCGCGGUCGAGGCAUCUGAGCAAGAAUACGAAGAGAUUGCGGACAUUCUGAACCGCUAUGCGACCUUGGUGGACGCCAACAAGGACCUCCAGGUACAGGUGCAGAGCGCCGAGUCGCAGAUUGACCGAUUGCGGCAAGAAUUGCGCACGUUCAAAACCGAGAUGGAAAACAACAUUUUGGUACAAAACAGCGAAAUCCACGGGCACCAACAACACCUGGAACGCAUUCGCGGCGAGACCUUCCAGCUCGAUUUGGACCGUGGCCGCGACGACCGGACGUACAAUGACCGGUCACGCGAGUCCGGUCAAAUCAUUUUGGCGAUCAAAAACCUCUACAACCGGUGUCGCACGAGCAUGGGCGGCAAGAUCCCGCCCGUCACGGACCAGUCGUCCGACACGAUGGUGUACAUGACCAAUAUUCUCAAGGUCGUCGCCGAGCGCAUCGUGGAUCUCGAGUACAUCACGGCAGCGUACGAGCCCAACAACCCGAUCGAGACAACUGUGAGUGGCGCCAAGACGACGAAGGCGCUGGCGAAGAAAGCAGCGGCAACGACGUAG